UCCCAAUUCAAUCACUGAUCAUACUCAUAUGGGAGCUCAACCUUCUCUUGAUACAAUAUUAACUCUGCCAUUGAAUUUUGAGAACGUGAAGCGGCUUUUCAACAAAUUGAUUGUGUUGCCUCUGGAAGAUCUUGCCGACCCUGUAAAGGAAAGUUGCAUGAAAAAAACAUUAUCCAUCUUGAAAGACAACUACUACCAUUUGUUUUCAGCUGUAGAAGGCGAACAAAUGCUUGAAGUCUUAACCGAUUUUUCUUUACUCGUGGUUAACUGGAGACGUUUCUGUUCUCAAUCCCAAAUGUACAGUCAACAGUCCUCCGAUGAAAUGGAGAACAUUAAAAAUUUGAAGGUGACUGCAUCGAAAGAUGAAGAGAAUCUCAAGGUCAGAUUUGAAGGACUGAAGAACAAGGAAAAGGAAUUGAUGAAACAAUUGGAGGCAGUGCAGAAAGAGCAGGAAGAGAUAGCUGAACAGAUGAAUGAAAAAUCCAAGACGUUGAUUUCCUUGAAAGAGAAAAAUGAAGCUUGCAUAUUCAAAGAGGAAAAUGCGACGAGGAUAGCUACUGACUUACUUAAAAAGUUAUCUACUCAAUGGGCUAUGUAUUCUACAAUCUCCCUUUAGCUAGAAUUUACUGGUAAAAAACUCCACACGUUUGUUACUUGAUUCAUCCUUGUAUUUAG